AUGGCUUCUAUGUGUGGCAGCACGAAGAGUUAUCCGGCGUUGAACACCGGCAGCUAUUACAGGCCAGGUGCUUACCCGUAUCAGAAUGAUUAUUACCUGCCGCCACGAUCAACGUGGUCGAGGGUCUCCCCCCAGCAGACGAAGAAACAAAGGGGCAACACCACGUGGAAAGUCGGCAGCGCGAUGUUAAUUAUCUCCGCUAUGCUGGUAUUAAUCGCUGUCUUCGCGGUCGCCGGCCUCGCGUUAUGGAUGGGAGCCCUUCGAACAGACUCGAAAAAUGCGAUCGUUGGAUUCUCAUGCAGCUUCAGGGUGGCAAAAGGUGAGAAAUACAACCCCAUGUUGAAGCUGAACACGAGUAUGGUGUUUCGGGAGAAGGAACGAAAAUACAAAAAUAUAUUCGAACUUCUGUUCAGACGAAGCGUGUUGAACGGUGCGUAUCAGAAGACGAUCGUAGAUAAAUUCGAGAACGGCGUGCUUAGGGUAUUCUUCAGGAUAUACUUGGACAGAAGGAAGGUGCCACGAUCGAUCACGAACGUCGAGGACACGAUCGAAGACAUAAUCGCGAAGGAGACGUACUCAUCGUCCUCCUUGUUCAAGGACAUGGAACUGGACCUCACCACCAUAUCGGUGAAAAGAAUAAACCAAGACGCAUCUGGAGGUCAAAAGCAGGCGCAACAGAGGAACGCAAUGAUCACGAAAAACGGUCUGCUACGUCCAAGUAGGAACAAUUCCCUGAUCACAAGCCCGAAACCGAAGCCAAAACCAAGCAAACCGGAAUCCAGCGAGCCGGAGAUCGACUUCAGUAACAUACCAACGAUCCAAGGAACGUACAAAGCGUCGAAAGUGAACACCACCGGCCAGGCAAAGGCAAACGCCACCCAAGAAACCGCCAAAACGCAGUCAGACUCGAAGAACAGUACCAAAAUAUCGUUACUUCAAGAUCCAUCCACAACUGAAAUCCCUAGUAUACCCACUACAGUAAUCACCGAGAUAAGUCACAUAAAUGCUCAAACCACAUCUCUGAAGAUCACAGAAAAAGUAAAUCACACAGCACAAGAACAUAGGCCAAAGGAAACGGUCGAGGAACCAGCGAAAAGGAUCGUGCCCACAUCCACGACGUCCACGACUCAAGAACAAGAGGAUAUCUUCAAAGACUUCCGAAAACCCGACUUGGAGACAUCACCGUGGAAGCCAAUAGUUCCUGGUUACGUGAACACCGAAUUCAAAUUGCUACCCGACGGGAAGACCAAUUACAAAGUGAAUUACAGCAACACGAACGCAGGAGAUGUUCGCCCAGAAGCGUCCAUUAGGGUCCAAAGCGAUACGCCUGAAACGUCCACGACACCAUCACCAGAGGCGAUGAACCCUUACGUGGACGUUCCAGGGAUGAGUGGCUUCGACAUAGAGGACACGGAUUUUCCCCACGAUCGUAUCGUGCCCCAGGAGAUGGUGAACUUCAGGGUGAACGGGAAAUUCAAGAACAAAAUCCCUGGACUGAUGGAGGACGGGCAGAUCUUCACAGCGCCAUCUGUGGUCACAGAGGACAGGCCAGAGAUAGAGGUCUCUGGGCAGCUACCGUCUGAAACUUACAAUAUAAAGCUUCGAACGUCUCCAGAAAGAGCGGAAAGCUCGUUCACGAAACCGUAUCGAUCGACCAGCGAGAAUGAAACUGGAUGGAGAGUCUCUGGAACGUCGGUCUCUUACACGAUAAACGAAGGAGGGAUCAAAGAUGGUGAUCAUGCAGAGGAGGUAGCUAGAACUCCUGAUUCGAUCGUAGAAAAUGGAAGACAAGAUCAGAAUUCGACUGGUCUCUUGACGACGAUAGGUACCAGCACCCCAAAAUCACGUAGACCGGUUCAAGCUAAUGUGGAGACGACCACAAUAGCGUCCAGAGUUGGGGUAGCUGUACCUGUGCCUGACACAGACGUUGAAUUGGAACCUAGGCACAGAUACUCGGAUAUUCAAACUAUCACUGCGCAUAAUGGUGCUUUGCAGGAUAGAAAGGUCGAUAAGAAUGGCCAAGAGCCUGUGUACACCAGCUACAAGACGCCAGAACUUAAUGGGGCAGGGUUGAAACCGAGUCUGGUUGAGAUUUCUGGAACCCUGAAACCCUUCAGGCACACGAUACCUGUGGACAAGAUCUCGUCUGUGGUGAGCUAUGUUGAAAAUGAUAAAAAUAGACAAGGUGUAAAUACUGUUACAGAUAGGAUAUUCAAUAACGAAAAUGAUCGAUUGACUGUGGACGCGAAGAGGCAAGAAGGUAGUUCGAAGAUGAAUGCAACGGUAGAUGAUCAAACGAUAUUGCUACCGAAAAUGGGGCAGAUCGUUGAAAUGGAAACUUUCAUGGACACAUCGAGGAUCAAUAUUCCAAUGAAGAACGCGAAGGUCGAGCUGUCCGACGGUGUCAGAUCAACGGAGCCGAGUACCCAAGGUCUGAUAGACGACGGCAAGUUCUUGAAGCUGGGAACAACCGAAGUCUACUCGGAGAUUGUCCAGCCAGCUAACAAUAACGUAGACAGGUUAAUUCUGAAGAACGAAGAUGCAAAGAUACCGCCUGGAAGACUGACACCUGGGACAUUGAGGAACUCCACAUUCAUCGAGAUCGACACUUUGCAACACACUCCUGGGGAUAUAGGGGAUACCAACGGGCCAAAAGACACACUAUCUGAAAAUACGGAGGAAGCAUCAGACUGGAUCCCGAAUGGGACUUUAAGCAAACCGUCCAGUUUUAUAGAAACUAGGAAAAAGGUCUACAACGAUACCCUAAAGGCCUAUGUGGUCGAGAACCUGGUCACCCUAGCGCCAGCUAAGAGCCACACUGGCGUUGGUAGACCCAUCAGACCAAGACCCAAGCUGGACAAAGAGAAACUACCAAAGAUCGUCGAGAAACCGUCGAGUCGAGACUCUUCGGAGGAUGCGAUUCUUCUGGAACAGUUGUUCGGAGUGCAGAGUCGCGACAGGAACACCACGAAACGUCAUUCCAGUCAGUUGGAUCAGUCUGAUGAGUCGCAUAGAGGACACCCAAAGAUCGAGCAGAUAGUAGAGGUGGUUACGUCGAUCAGCACCAAAGUGUCCUCGAAUCUUGGCGACGAUCCUGUCAUUCUGAGGCUAAUGAUCACGAAUUCCACGUCGAUUCCGGUGAUACACUCGGGCCAUCAAGACGAGGAGACGUCGACGCCGCCGAUCUCGAUACCGCAGGACUUUUCUGCGGACAGCCAAGAGGAGGAUCGAUCGUUCAGGGAUCAUCGACCAGAAGUGAGCCGAGACUCUAGCAAAGGGAUGAAGUCCUCUGAGUCCUCGAGUGUGCAGACAUCGGACAGGAAGAUUUCGGCGAUCGAGGAGAGUCAAUACCUUUUGGAGAAGCUGAAGCAACUCGCGGAGAUCGGGACCGAUGAUAAACCGGUGAAGAGCAACAAGAACAACUCGAAGCCUGCCGUGAAUCUAAAGUUGGACGCGACGUCACAGGCCAGACCGUUGAAUUUUGAUAAACUGAAGGAGAUCGCGGAUAUAGCAACUGGUAGCGAAAUGCUGAUGAACUCCAGCGCUGGAUUCACAAUGACUCGCGACGGUGUCGAGAUAUUCACGAAGAUAUUGAACAAGAUGGAGGAUCGGGCUGAUAAGAUGAUCUCUACCACGGAGAAAAGCAGAGAGGCUGACGAUUGUAACGGUUUCCUAUGCAGAGACGGUAAAUGUCUACCUGCGAGCGGCAGAUGCAAUAUGUUGGGUGAAUGUACGAAUUCAGAAGACGAGGCGAACUGUACGUGCGCGGACUUUCUGAAAGCGCAACUCCUGCAUCAGAAGAUCUGCGACGGGAUCGCGGAUUGCUGGGACUAUUCCGACGAGGCUGACUGUGAUUGGUGCAAAGAGGGUCAAUUCGUAUGCGGUAACAGUCGAACCUGCGUGGACCAGGACAAAGUCUGCAACGGCUUCACCGAUUGUCCCGAAGGAGAGGACGAGAAAAAAUGUGCAGCUUUAAUAGAGGACGAUGCGUUAUUGAAUUACAAUCGAGAAGACACGUCAGAUACAACCGAAAAUAAUUUAUCAGUACCUGUAACGAAAAACGCGUAUUUAUUGCCUCAAGAUUUUCCGGAAACCGAAUCCAGCACCAACAAAGACGCGUUCUUCGACCAAGAAGCGGUCGAGUCCGCCAUCUUGGAAUCGACUACUCUAACCACAUUAAAAAAUGACGCUCAACUGGAGAAAUUUAAAAAUUCUAGGAACGAAUCAGUGAAUAAAGAAGAUACCCUUACUGAUAAUUCUAACAGUACUGUUUUCGUCUCCGGAAGAGAAAUAUCGUCGAACGGAAAAGAUACAUUGACUCACGGGAAUUCGAUCCACGUGGCCGGGGAGAAGAAUGGCUCGUCGUCCACGAUCAAUUUUCGAAAAGAGAUCAACAAUUAUAACGAGAAGGGGUACAUAAAUAUUCGGAAAAACGGGAAAUGGGGAAAAUUGUGUCUGACCGGGAUGGACGGUCUUUUUCAAGGAAGACAGGCGAGCUGGAGCAUCGAAGAUCUAGGAAGAAAAACGUACCAAGAUUACGAGACCGUCGAGAAGGUGUUGGACGAAUAUCCAGUGUCGAGCCGUUCCUAUUACACUCUGUCGUACAACGAGAAACCCCUGGACAAGACGAUCCUGACUUUCAAGCCGUCCAUGUGCCCGAGCGGCGAGGUUCUCAGGGUCAAGUGCAAGAACCUUGAGUGCGGCAUAAGAACGCAGGCUCCAUCGCAGGCCAGAAUAGUCGGAGGUGGUAGCUCCUCGGCCGGAAGCUGGCCAUGGCAAGUGGCUCUUUACAAAGAGGGUGAUUACCAAUGUGGCGGUGCUCUUAUCAACGACAGAUGGAUCUUGUCCGCGGCGCAUUGCUUUUAUCAUGCUCAAGAUGAAUACUGGGUAGCAAGAAUUGGAGCAACCCGCAGAGGAAGCUUCCCCAGCCCAUACGAGCAAGUCCUCAGGUUGGACUACAUAUCCUUGUAUCCUGAGUACAUUGAUAAUGGAUUUAUAAACGACAUAGCAAUGCUGAGGCUCGAGAAACCUGUCAUCUUCAGCGACUACGUUAGACCAAUAUGUCUUCCUGAAGCAGAGCCAAAAAGUGGUACCAUGUGCACAGUGACUGGAUGGGGACAGCUGUUUGAGAUUGGACGAAUAUUUCCGGACACCUUGCAAGAGGUACAGCUUCCUGUGAUCUCGACAGAGGAGUGUCGAAGGAAGACUCUCUUCCUUCCUUUAUACAGGAUCACGUCCGGUAUGCUUUGUGCAGGACUGAAGGAUGGUGGAAGGGACGCCUGCUUAGGAGAUAGUGGUGGACCUCUGGUUUGCUCGGGAUCUGAUAAUAAAUAUACUCUUCAUGGUAUUACUUCAAACGGUUACGGCUGCGCCAGGCCAGGUAGACCAGGUGUCUACACAAAAGUUCAUCAUUAUCUUCCUUGGAUCGAGCACACGAUAUCACGGGACGACAUUCGAUCGACGAUGGUGUCCUGCAAAGGUCAUCGAUGUCCUCUUGGUGAAUGUCUGCCGAAAUCUCGAGUGUGCAAUGGCUUCUUAGAGUGCUCGGACGGCAGCGACGAGCGCAAUUGUCCUGUCAAUCUUUAACGAGAAAAGACUGCUCCACUUAUAUUAAGUCUGUCAGAAAUAACUGUCGUUCAUUUUGUUUCUCUGUAAUCUCAUAUUUAAUAUCAAUCUGGAACACUAUGGUUACUGAUCAAUGCCACAAUAUUUUUCAUAUUUUUGGUAAGUUCUGAACGCCUCUCCCAGUUUGUUAUGGAAACAACGAAUAGAAAUAGCGACAGAACUUUCCGAUGCAUUUAAUGAAUUGACUCGUUGCUUAUUUAUGUGCCCGUACGAAUGAAGGAAAAGAGAAUAAUAUUAAUUGCAACGAAAAUGGAAAAAGUGAAAUUCAAUGAACGAUUUUGUUGCUCGAUG